AAGUGAACGAAAAGUGAAAGCAGGAAGGAGGAGUGCAUUUAAAAGGAAGGUCCUCGCCCCGGGAUCCAAGCGACAGGGUCCGGAGCUCAGCCGGUUCUGGUCCAGUCAUGGCUCCGAGGGUCCGCGGCAAGCUCUUCCUCAGCAUCCUCUUCCUCCUCCACUGCUGCACAGUUUGUGUCUGUCAGCUUCCGGUCAGCUGCUGCCUGUCCGCCUCCAGCUCCUGCUUGCCUCGUCGGGCCGUGGUGGACUACCGCCUUCAGGUGGCCGGUCAGGGCUGCCACAUCGACGCCGUCAUCUUGGUGUCCAAACGGGGUUUGAAGUUGUGCGUUGCCGGCGAUGCUCCCAAGCUGGAGGAGGUGAUGAAGCACGUGGACGGGCUGAGGGAGACCUGCGGCCGCAACGACUACAAGGGCAAACGCUGCGUCGGAGUGAAGCCCCCCGGCCAGGAUGGCGGUCUCUUCUUUUAA